UCUACCCACGAUGCAGCGCGGCGGCUGAAGACAACAUAGCCAUCUUGUCAAGAGUUCUCUUGGGUGAACGAGACGACUGCAGGCUCCCAGAAGAUUAUUAUUUUUUUCAAGCCUAAAUUUUGGAAGAGGGUUUAUUUUUUUCUUUGCCGCUGAUAUUGUAUGAGGAGCGCUUGGCCGCAAACGACACAGAACGGGUGGAGAGAGGCUACGCAAGACCGCGUUCUGGAAGAUGUCUCGCAUACUUGUACCGACGUAGGGGGAGUGUACGGCAGCCAGUUGGUGUGAAGCGUUAGCUCGCUUGUUGAGUGAAGGGCUCCGGGCCCUCCUCAGCCCAAAGCAGCCCCCAGCUGCUGGGGAGCACACCCCGCCGCAACAGCCCGACGACCACCGGACAACCAGGAUACCAGCAGGCCGGCGUGGACUGCUCCCGCAGCCCCUCAGUGCUUGGAGUCCCGGACAACUAGAACUGCGAAACGCAACAGGAGACCAACAGGAAGAGAAUGACGCAGAUUCAUUUUGAUAACAGUUAAGUAGACCGAGAAAACACAACGAUAACGUGCUGUUGAUGCUAGCACAGCUCGUCUUCUUUUGACCGACUCGGAACCAGGCUGUCAUUAUGUCGAAAAUGCCGGCGAAGAAGAAGAGCUGUUUUCAGAUUACUAGUGUGACUCAGGCCCAAGUGGCGGCUGUCGGUGCCGGUGACGACACCGAGAGUCUGGACGACCCGGACGAAACGCGGAAUGAGGACGUCUCGUCUGAGCUAUACGAAGCGCUCCGGGUAGAGCCCGCCGACGAAAGAGGCUCGCCCGAGGACGGCGUGAAUAACGUCGGGGAGGUCGAGGCGGGCAGCGCUGUGGCUUCUUCACCAGGUGGAGAGCCACGCAAAGGGGGAGUGUCCGGCUCCAGUCAGGGUGCUCAGCAGCAGCCGCCGCAGCCUCAAACACCCGGUGUGUCAGCCACCACAUCACAGCAUGCUGCAGUGACCAGCACCGCUCCCCCUUCCACCACCUCCACAGUGAGCUGCUCCUCUCGUUUCAGGGUCAUUAAACUUGAUCAUGGUACUGGAGAACCCUUUCGCAGGGGCAGAUGGACAUGUACUGAGUUCUAUGAGAAGGACUCUGAAGGCUCCCAUUCUGGAAGGACUGUAGAUAGUAUGAGACACGGCAGCAUAACACUGGACCCGGCUGCAGACAGAGACAGUGGGCUUGGGCUUACGGGAGGUUCAGUUGUUUCUCCUGCAACACACUCGAGUCUGAGCUUGGGCUCCAUGGCAGAGGUUUCCCACUCGUCCGCGCGCAUGCAACCAGUGGAGACACUACCACAGCAGAUCGUGCAUCCGAACUAUAGUGCCGCCAGCUUGAUGCCAGCCGUUACUCCGGUUCAGUCAGUCGAAGGAGGUCUUCAGAACAUACUGCCUGUUGGUCAGAACGGCCUGCCUCAGCCUGUUCUCCCUAUUCAAAAGUCGCCCAUCGUGACUCCAUCAGCCCAGCCUCUUGUGUACCCUCCCCAGCAGCAGCAGCAGCAGCCGCUUCCUGUUGGCCACCAUCUGACCGGUCAGUCUUCGGGGCUCGUCCAGAACCAGAUUGAGUACUAUCAACCUUUGGGGCCUGCUUCUGGCCAAACACUCCAAGUGUCCAGACUUUCUGUUGGACAGGGCUCCAUUCCAGUCACGGGAUCCACAUUGGGUCAGGUUGAAAAUGCCGUUGUAGCUGGAGCAGGACCUGUAUCUGCUGGACAGACGCCAUUGCUGGGAGGAGCGGGAGGCUCCAUGCAUGUUGGAGGAUCCAUUGUGCCCCCUGGCCACCCGAUGUCCUCUGUUGUACAAAACGUGCCUGUCGUUGCAGUGAGCUCCAGUGUGCCCAGCACAGGGCCCGCCGCCGUGCUCAGUGCCUCCAGUGCAGCCAUGCCAAAUGCAACCACCUCCAGUUUACUUCCCGCUCAAAGAACUGUCAACAAGGCUCCGGGAGUGCAGGCCUCCCUCGUUGCUGGAUUUGGACUGACUGAGGGCAGCGCUGGACGGAAGUCGGAGGGAAUUAUCUAUGCACCGUCUCUGGUUGUCUCUGGCAGGGAACCGAUGAAGUCCCUCAUGCCUGAAAGCCUGCAGCUUGCCACCCCGACUGUCAACAGCCUUUUUGGGAUCCCCAUAUCUGUCGAUGGGGAGGAAGACAGGAACCCCUCCACAGCUUUCUACCAGGCCUUCCAACCUGGAAGCCGGUUAAGAGACUCAAAGGCUCACAGCGAUAGUGCCUCUGGAACCAACAUUGUUGCCAUUGAUAAUAAAAUUGAACAAGCAAUGGACCUGGUGAAAAGCCAUCUGAUGUAUGCAGUGCGGGAGGAGGUGGAGGUCUUAAAAGAGCAGAUCAAGGAACUGUAUGAGAGGAACUCUGUGCUGGAGAGGGAGAACGCUGUGCUGAAAUCUCUGGCCAACAGCGAGCAGUUGUCCCAGCUGGCCACCCAGUCAGCCGCCGGCUCCGGCGCCGCGCCUCUACAGCAAGUGCUCAGCCAUCCUCAGCCUCUCCCUCAGCCCCCCAUACCCCAGCAGCCUCAACCGCAGCUCGAUUCCGGCCAACAACCACAACCCAACGUCACCUCCGCUUGAAAUGCAUCAAAGAAAACUACAACAAAAAAAAGAGCUUAUUCUUGUACAACUUAUUAUGAUUAGUGUAUGUGAAAUAAAAGAGAAGAAAAAACA